CCACACAGCUGCAUGUAUCAGAUCACCCUACCACACAUGCUCACUAGAAACACACAACACAACACACACUGCUUAACUCUCAUCUCACACCCCAGACCACCAUGGAUGAACUUGACAUGCUUUUGGAGGAGUUGGCUCAGAGCUCCACCCAGACUUCAAAUGUUCCUGCACUCAUUCCACCCAAAACUCUCCAGCUGGGAGCCUUGGAUAAAAGUAACAAAACAACACAGCCUGAACAAACUGAAUCUUCUGGAUUUGUUGCUGGUCCAGGAAAUAAACAUAAUCCCUACAGUGUGGUUCCAGUCCCUGUGAAGGCAGGAGUGAUGAGUCCCGGCACAGCUACACGGGAGCUUGACUCCAUCAUGAAUGAGCUGCUAGGGCUAGGCCUGGAGGUUUCAGAAUCAGUUCCCACAUCAAACCCACCUCCAUUGGCUUGCAAGUCAUUAAAAGACAAAAAACCUGAGGAAACUAAAGAAAGUAGUGGAAGCCAAAAAGAGACUAAGAAACCACAGCAUCCUCCUCUGUCAGUGAAAGUAUCCAAGAAUGUGGAUGCUAUAGACGACCUGCUGGGCUCUCUCAGCACGGACAUGGAGAAAAUGGGGGUCCACACAGCUGCCAAAGGCCAUUGUGCUUCUUGUGGCAAGUGUAUAGCUGGAAAGAUGAUCACAGCUCUGGGUCAGGUGUGGCACCCAGAACACUUUGUGUGUACGGCAUGCAGGGAAGAACUCAGCACUUGUGGUUUCUUUGAGAGAGACGGCAAGCCGUACUGCGAGAAAGACUACCAGAACCUCUUCUCCCCUCGCUGCGCUUACUGCAAGGGUCCUAUUAUUCUGAACAUUCUAACAGCGAUGGAUCAAACAUGGCACCCAGAACAUUUUUUCUGCUCCCACUGUGGAGAUCUGUUUGGACCUGAUGGUUUUCUGGAGAGAGAUGGUAAACCAUAUUGCUCUAGGGAUUUCUACCGCCUCUUUGCACCCAAAUGCUCUGGCUGCGGAGAGCCAGUGAAGGAGAACUAUCUGACUGCAGCCAAUGGAACCUGGCACCCUGACUGCUUUGUAUGUGCGGACUGUCUGAAGCCUUUUACAGACGGUUGCUUCCUUGAGUUGAAUGGCCGGCCCCUCUGUUCCCUGCACUACCACUCUAGACAGGGCACUCUGUGUGGGACCUGUGGAGAGCCCAUCUCGGGGCGCUGCAUCGCUGCUAUGGACCGCAAGUUUCACCCUGAUCACUUUGUGUGUGCGUUCUGCCUUCGUCAGCUGAGUCAGGGUGUGUUUAAGGAGCAGGGAGGGAAGCCGUACUGUUCAGUAUGUCACGAGAAACUCUUUGUUUGAAAGAAGUACUGUAAGAUGAUUCCAGAAGUGUAAAAAUUAGUUAGGGACUUCAUCUUACAUCAUGAUAUUUUUCAUUUCAGAUUUCAUUUAAGAUUAUUUUCAAAUAUUAGUAAUUUAUAUAUAUAUAUAUAUAUUAAGCCACUCUGUGGCCCUCUGGAAGUUUGCAGAGGCCCCCCAGUUGGCCCCAGCUCCCUGAUUGAGAACCAAUGUUUUAGAAAGAAAAAGCUAGAAGGAAGGAGUGAUACAUACACCAUUUUUUCAAUUUUGUUUGAGAAAAAAAACUUUUUAGAGAAUGCAAACCAAAUGUAGAAAACUGUAAACUGCACACCAAAAAUAUUGUUAUAAAUAACUAUAACUAUAAUAACUAUAGCAACUUGUUUCAUGUCAUUAUUUAAUUAUGAUUUUCACAUCGCUUCAAUGAAGAUGCUCUAAUAAAUGUUCAUAAAAUUGAAGGGA